CUUUAAUGAGCAUGGGACGUCAAAAAAACGAGGUGCUCUCUAUCAGCUUAUAGACAGGAUAAGAAGAUUUGGCUCUGGUUUUGAGCAAAACAAUUCUUCUAAAGGAAGAUCGACUGUAAAAUUCUCAGGGAAAAAUGAGAAAAACAGACUUCCCAGAGCUGCUACAUCACGAACAGAAAGAAUAUGGCCAGGGGGCGUCAUUCCAUAUUUUAUAGGUGGAAAUUUCACUGGCAGCCAGCGAGCAAUGUUCAAGCAGGCUAUGAGACACUGGGAAAAGUACACAUGUGUUACAUUCAUUGAACGAAGUGAUGAAGAAAGUUAUAUUGUGUUUACAUACAGACCUUGUGGAUGCUGUUCUUAUGUGGGUCGAAGGGGAAAUGGUCCUCAGGCUAUAUCUAUUGGCAAGAACUGUGAUAAAUUUGGAAUUGUUGUUCAUGAGUUAGGGCAUGUGAUAGGCUUUUGGCAUGAACACACGCGACCAGACCGAGAUGACCAUGUAACCAUCAUUAGAGAAAACAUCCAGCCAGGUCAGGAAUACAACUUCCUGAAGAUGGAGCCUGGAGAGGUGAACUCCCUUGGGGAACCAUAUGAUUUUGACAGCAUUAUGCACUAUGCCAGGAACACCUUCUCAAGGGGUAUGUUUCUGGAUACCAUUCUUCCUUCCCGUGAUGAUAAUGGUAUACGACCUGCCAUUGGUCAGCGUACUCGUCUAAGUAAAGGAGAUAUUGCACAGGCAAGAAAGCUGUACAGAUGUCCAGCAUGUGGAGAAACACUGCAAGAAUCUACAGGCAACUUUUCUUCUCCAGGAUUUCCAAAUGGUUAUCCUUCCUAUACACACUGUAUAUGGCGAAUCUCUGUUACCCCAGGGGAGAAGAUUGUUUUAAACUUUACUACAAUGGAUCUGUACAAGAGCAGUCUCUGCUGGUAUGACUAUAUUGAAGUAAGAGAUGGAUACUGGAGAAAAUCACCUCUGCUUGGCAGGUUCUGUGGUGACAAACUACCAGAAGUACUCACAUCUACUGACAGCAGAAUGUGGAUAGAGUUCCGUAGCAGCAGCAAUUGGUUAGGAAAAGGUUUUGCAGCAGUUUAUGAAGCAAUCUGUGGAGGUGAGAUCCACAAAAACGAAGGCCAGAUCCAGUCUCCUAAUUAUCCUGAUGACUACAGACCAAUGAAGGAAUGUGUGUGGAAAAUAACAGUGUCAGAGAACUACAAUGUCGGAUUAACCUUUCAGGCAUUUGAGAUCGAAAGACAUGACAACUGUGCCUAUGACUACUUAGAAGUCCGAGAUGGAACCAGUGAAAAUAGUCGUUUGAUUGGCCAUUUCUGUGGCUAUGAUAAGCCAGAAGAUAUUAGAUCUACCUCUAAUACCCUGUGGAUGAAGUUUGUUUCUGAUGGAACAGUUAACAAAGCAGGGUUUGCUGCUAACUUUUUUAAAGAGGAAGAUGAAUGUGCCAAACCUGACAAGGGGGGCUGUGAACAGCGGUGUGUGAAUACCUUGGGCAGUUAUCAGUGUGCUUGUGAUCCUGGCUAUGAACUUGGACCUGACAAAAAGAGUUGUGAAGCUGCUUGUGGGGGACUUCUGACAAAGCUAAAUGGGACUAUAACCACUCCAGGAUGGCCCAAAGAAUAUCCUCCAAACAAAAACUGUGUGUGGCAGGUGGUUGCUCCCACUCAAUACAGAAUUUCAAUGAAGUUUGAGUUUUUUGAAUUAGAAGGGAAUGAAGUUUGCAAAUAUGAUUAUGUGGAGAUUCGUAGUGGUCUUUCUUCUGAUUCCAAACUGCAUGGUAAAUUUUGUGGUACAGAAGUGCCUGAAGUUAUCACAUCACAAUACAACAAUAUGAGAAUUGAGUUCAGAUCUGACAACACAGUCUCAAAGAAAGGCUUCAAGGCCCACUUCUUUUCAGACAAGGACGAGUGUUCUAAGGACAAUGGUGGCUGCCAGCAUGAAUGCAUCAACACUGUAGGAAGCUAUGUCUGUCAAUGCCGCAAUGGAUUUGUGCUACAUGAAAAUAAACAUGACUGCAAGGAAGCUGAGUGUGAACAGAAGAUCCAUAGUCCGACUGGAGUCAUCACAAGUCCUAAUUGGCCAGACAAAUACCCAAGUAGGAAGGAAUGCACAUGGGAAAUCAGUGCCACUCCUGGUCACAGAGUCAAAUUAACCUUUAAUGAGUUUGAGAUUGAACAACAUCAGGAAUGUGCUUAUGACCACUUGGAAGUGUUUGAUGGAGAAACAGAAAAAUCACCAAUUCUAGGACGUUUAUGUGGCAAUAAGAUACCAGAUCCUCUUGUUGCUACUGGAAAUAAAAUGUUCCUCCGGUUUGUUUCUGAUGCAUCAGUACAAAGAAAAGGCUUCCAAGCCACACACUCUACAGAGUGUGGUGGUCGACUGAAAGCUGAAUCGAAGCCCAGAGAUCUGUACUCUCAUGCUCAGUUUGGUGACAACAACUAUCCAGUUCAAAUGGACUGUGAGUGGUUGUUAGUAUCAGAGCAUGGCUACCGAGUAGAGUUAACAUUUCAGAUAUUUGAGGUGGAAGAAGAGGCAGAUUGUGGUUAUGACUACGUUGAACUCUUUGAUGGCCAUGAUAGAACAGGUGUGAGACUUGGCCGAUUUUGUGGAUCGGGGCCACCAGAAGAAAUUUAUUCAGCUGGAGAUGCUGUUUUACUUCAUUUUCAUACUGACGAUACAAUCAACAAGAAAGGAUUUCAUAUACGAUACAAAAGUAUAAAAUAUCAAGAUAGCAUUCACACCAAAAAAUAACGCAAGAACCUCUAUGCCAGAAAAUAAGAAAGAAAGAGAGAGUUAGUGUGAUGGAGAGGAAGGAAGCCGUAUUUUUUUACUGACAUUAUCAGCACAAAUGUUUUAUAUAAUGGGUUCAGUUGGAAGCAAAAUGUAUAUGACCAGAAACAUUUUAGUUCACAGUGAAACUUUCAUCUAUCCCAAUGGAAUGGACAUGGUAAUGGCAUGUGGGCUCCAUGCUUGACCGUCUCUGCAAAGCUGGUGAAAGGGCAUUGCAUGCUUCCAGGGAAACUGUAAAAGCUUUUGUUUCCAGCUUGAUGUUUGUAUAGAUGCUUGCAGAUUCAAUCACUUACAUUCAGUGAAAGUGCAAACUGUUCUUCCUUCUGAAAAUUAUCUGAUCCAGGAGUCAAAAUGCUCCUUCAGGUCACACAUACAGAAAACUGUCCUUAUAUCUUAUUGAAAUUGCUUCGGCUUUGUAUCAAAGAUACAAUGCAUGCAAAGGCCAUAAAAGGAGAUAUGAAAUGGGAAAGUCUUCUGAGGUUGGUCUGUACUUUUGUAGGGAUUCAUCUCUCCUGUUAGUUUACCAAUAUUUUGAAACUGGAAAAUCACAUCUCCUGUAGUGUAAUUGAUUUCAUUUUACCAGCACAUUGAAAAGUCUGAAGCAUUUUAUUCAUCGCCAUUAUUAGUACACUCAGAACUUGGAUAGUAAGUAAUUGAAAAUGUCAAGUGUAUUGGUUAAGUAAGCUAUAACUGAUGAUGUGCUCUUAUUUUGCACUGAGCCCGAUAAGAAACUGAGUUAAUGUUUAACAGACCUGUUGUAAAUCAAAAUCUUUAUCCUCUAGGAAACAGAAAUAAUCAUGAAUAGAAUCAUCUGAAACUCCAAUUACUGAUUUCAUUUUCAGUAGUAAAAUGAUAACUGCUGCUAACUUGUAUUUCCUGGAACAUUUUAUGAAUGAGCUAAUUAUCCAUUUUAGCUAACCAGAAACAAAGCUGAAAGUAGUAUCCAAAAGAAACGUUUCCCAACCCAUUGAAAGGACAGUAUAACUUGUUUUCUGGAAAUAAGAAUUUCUGUAAUGGCAAAAAACAAACAGGAUUUUUGUUGAAAGAGAAUUUCUAUGGUGCUAUUCCAUGAACAUUAAACACUCAAUGAAGAAUUUUAGACCUUUGAGCCAACAAUCUGCAGAUCAUGAAUGUCUCACUAUGCCUGGCUGCAUCUGAAGAAUAAAGACUUAUUACACGUAUGACGAGAUCAUUGCAAUGGCAGCACUAAUCCUGUGGAACAACUACUACUAUUGCCUUAGAAUUCUUGCACAUGAUCAAACAGAUCUUCCUGUAGAUACAUCUUUAAUUUGAUAAAUAAUUUGACACCUUGAACGUUUUAAUGUAUGUCAAUGAAAAGAUCUUCAAGCAAAAGCCCAUCUGCAAAGCUUAGAUCAUCUGCUGUAAAUACAGUGACCUGCUUUUGUUGUAGAAAUAUGUUAUUUUAGAAUGAACUAUUCUAUGUGCUUUAGGCCAUACAUGGCUUUAGUCAUGAUGUAUAUGCAUUAUGUAAGUAUGUAUGAAUGAGUGCUCCAGAAAGGUGAGAGGUGUUGUAUGGAUGAACAGUUAAAUUGUGCCAAGUUCUACCAGAACCCUGUUUGACUGUAGCAACUUAAAGGUUUCAUAAGCAGGUAAGUGGGACUUCUAGUCGGCAAGAACAGAAUUAAAAUGAAAUGUUAUGUUUCACUUACAAGAAAUAUUAUUUUGAUAUCAUUUGAUGUAAGUUGCUACCCAGAUUAGCUUAGUUCCUGUUACCUUACAAUGAACAUUCACUGGCACUAAUAAAUCCAGUGUUUUUUUGUGUUUUUUUACAAAAAUAAAAACUAAA